AUGAUCCUCUACUUCAUCUUGCAAUUAACAUUCAAUGAGAGGUUUGUGCUUUCGACCUCCGAGCCUAUGGCUUACCAAAUGUUUAGGAAGCCUGGAGAAUUCAUGAUAGGAGGUUUGUUUCCUUUCCACUCCACAGUUGAUGACUUGGAAAACCAUUGGAAACCAGAACCUCUGAAGUGUUCAAGCUUGAAUCCUACAGGUUAUCUCCAGGCCUUGGCAAUGAAAUUUGCUUUGGAAGAAAUAAACAAUAGCACCACCCUACUUCCAGGAGAGACUCUGGGCUAUGAAAUGUAUGACACUUGUCUUAAUUCCCUGGCUAUUCUACAUUCGACACUGCUGUUCUUAGCUAGGAAUGGGACAGAAGACGUGGAAGUGAGCUGUAACCUUACAGAGUACAAAACCCGAGUUCUGGCUGUGAUCGGACCUUCAUCCACUGAGGUGGCUACUGUCUCCAUGAAGUUGUUCAGCACUUUUCUAAUUCCACAAAUCAGUUAUUCUGUGACUGCUGAUUUAUUUAGUGAUAAAAGUAUCUACCCAGCCUUCUACAGAACUGUGCCAAGUGAUAAAAAGCAAGUGAACGGUAUGGUUACACUAAUGAAGUUCUUCAAAUGGAACUGGAUAGCUGUGAUAGCCAGUAUGGACGAUUAUGGUGUAACCGCUCUUCGACAGUUCUCUUCUUCUGGAAUGGAUAGUGGAAUCUGCAUUGCUUACGAAGGCCUAAUUCCAACAUACCUCUCCGCUUCCGAGACAAGCACCAUCAUUGAGGAUAUUUUACACAAGAUUGAACAGACUGAUGUCAAAGUAGUACUGGUGUUUGCAUCAUUGACCCAAUCUAUAGCACUCUUCCAGGAGGUUAUUAUGCGCAACAUGACAAGGGUUUGGAUAGGAAGUGCAUCCUGGGUCCUAUCACAAAGUAUUCUUUCCUUGCCAGGCAUUGAAUGUGUUGGCACAGUCAUUGGGUUCUUUCCAAGUGCACAAACCAUUUUGGGAUUUGAUGGGUUUUUAAGAAAUACAAUCUCACAGACUUACACAGAAAUCAAUGCUGGCUUUCAAAGCUUUGCUCUUGAAGCUGAUAAAAUCCCUAUCAUUUUGAACCCACUCACAGCUUUGCAUGCCCAUAGUGUCUACACAGCCAUCUAUGCAGUGGCCUCUGCCUUACAUAGACUUCUUAACUGCACCUCUGCAAAAUGCAACAAACAAGACUCUAACAUAUACGCAUGGAAGUUGUUGAAGGAGGUAAAAAAGGUGAACUUCUCCAUCUUUAACACAUUGUUCAGCUUUGACAGUGAUGGAAAUCCUAAUACUGGCUUUGAUAUAGUUACCCAUAGUAUGUCUAUGAUGGGCUUCACCAAAAUUGGAUCCUACAACAAAGAAAUGGAUUUGAACAGUUAUCUUAUUAACUGGGGAACGCCUCAGAAUAUGGUUCCAGAGUCUCAGUGUUCAGGAAACUGCUUUCCAGGACAAGUAAAAAGGGUCAAGGGAACUCAUUCCUGCUGCUUUGACUGCAUCGACUGUCAAGAAGGAAUGUUUCAGUCUAGUGAAGAUGAAUAUCAAUGUCAGCCAUGUCCUGAGGGUGAAUGGUCUAGUGUUCUGAGCACCAGCUGUAGAAAUCCAGUGUACAUGUAUUUACAGUGGAAUGACCUCUCUGUCAUAUUCCUUCUUCUAUUAUCAUUCAUUCUCCUCUGUCUUGUCUUGGGAACCUUUGUCCUCUUCUUCCAUCACAGACAUAGUCCACUGGUCAGAGCCUCUGGUGGUCACAUGUGCUCCUUCGCUCUUGUUUCUUUGUUGGCUGUAACCUUUAGUAUUAUCACUUUCAUUGGUAAACCUGCUGAUUUUAUGUGCAGGUUGCAGCAACCACUCCAGGCUAUGGGAUUUACCUGUUGCCUGUCAACAUUCUCCAUUAAAGCCAUCCAAGUCAUGUUGGUAACUGAUUUUAAGGAUGUUCCCAAAAAAUAUAUUCAAUGGUCAAAAACCAUAGGGACAUGGUUCUUCUUGAUCUUUAGUAUUGUCAUCCAGGGCUUGUUUGAUACAUGGUACAUACUCAGUACACCCUCAUUGUACCAAAAUGAAAAGGUGACUUUCCUCUAUAAGUACCUCAAGUGUGAAAUAACCAAUGUUCUCUGCUUCUUCUUGAUGUUUGGAUACAAUGGAAUUCUUGCUCUUAUCUCCUUCAUGUUGAAUUGUGUUGCUCAAGCUCCAUCUAGUCAGUACAAUCUGGCAAGAGAUAUCACGUUUUCCACAUUGGCAUAUUUGCUGAUAUGGAUUGUCUAUGUUCCUGUCUAUGCUGUGGUGACAGAUGCGAACCAACUUUUGCUUCAAAUGGUCGUGACCCUGGUGAGUGCUUCUGGUAUAAUGUUGGGCUAUUUUGCUCCAAAAUGUUAUAUCCUUCUAAGGAACCCAGAAAUGGCAUCAGAAGAAUAUUUCAAAAUUUACAACAAUUAA